AUGAAAAAAUCGCACAUGUUCAUAAAAACAAAAAGGAUCUUUUCCAACAAUGGAACAAAUGGGUCACCCUUUGACAAGAUGGAAAUAAUUGGAGAGUUACUAGACCCUCGAAAAUACUUUGGAUCACUUUUAAAUAUGAACAAAUUUGAUAAAGUAGUGGGGAGAGCAGUUGAGAAAGACCUUCAACCAGUUCGAAGCAGAACCAUCUCAAGAGGUGGACUCAUGACAACAGAUGUAGGAACCGCAACUGAUGGAAUCAUCUCAAGCGGUGGGAAUCGUAGGGAAUGUCGACACGUGAUGCACAUUUUGAAAAAGUAUGCAAAGGCUUUCUACCGCAAUGAAGGCUUGAAAAAAGAAGAAUUUUCAAAGUUAGAAGAAUGUGUUCGAUCCUUGUUACAGAGAAAGAUGCAAGAAUAUCGUGGGAUGAAGAAGAAACAGAGUAGAGGAAAAAAAAGCACAUGUCAAUCAUGUUUUCAUUAUAAGGACAAAUGUACCCAUAGAAUUGUGAAUAGAGGAGAAAUGGAUUUCCCAAGGAUAAGCAAUAACAUCUGGAUUGGAAAUCAAUACGAUGGACGGAUUAGGAAUGGAUAUAUUCGACCAAUGACAAGUGCAUUCAGCACCGUUAGAAGAUAUGCAUGUGAUUCGAAAAUAUCAAUUUGUUUUAAAGAAAAUGGAAUAAAAUUGGAAAAAUUGAUUAAAAUGUACUUUUCGAAAGUACCAAAAGGAUUUGAAAACUUUGAGAAAUGUGAAAAGAAGAAAAAUCCAGGAUCAUCAUCAUCUUCGCAGUCUUCGUCGAAUUCAUUCAAACCAGAUGAUGAAAAGAAUAAUAAAAGAUUUGAUAAUUAUUUUUUUUUAUUUUUUUUUAUAUUCCUUUUAUUUUUUUUCCUCUUUGUGGAUGCAAAUAGCUUACACAAUGAGAUUACACAGAAUGAUUUUUUUCUGAAUUAUUUAUCAAAAGGAUAUGUAGAAAAAAUAAAAUUAAUAAAUAAAGACUAUGUAAAGGUAUAUUUAAACAUACAUGGAAUGAACAGAUAUCACCAAAAGUAUGUAAGUUUUAGAGUAGGAAAUAGCGACACAUUUGAAAGAAAAGUAGAACUUGUGCAAAAAGAAAUGAACAUUAGAAGAGAAGAAAUGAUAGAAGUACAAUACACAAAUGAAACCAAUGUAUUAGAUGAAAUAAAAAGCUAUAUACCAAGCAUUCUUUUCUUUUUAUUACUCAUUUUUAUAUUUCAAAAAAUAACAUUGAAAAAUGUAGCUAACAGUGGUAUGGAUAAACUUUUUAAAUUUAAUAAAGUAAAUCCUAUAAAUAAAAAUAGUUUAAAAACAAAUGUCAAAUUUUCAAGUGUAGCAGGAAUGAAACAAGCAAAAGAGGAAAUAAUGGAAUUUGUAGACUUUUUAAAAAAUCCAUCCAAAUAUGAAACUUUGGGUGCAAAAAUGCCAAAAGGUGCACUUCUCUGUGGUGCACCAGGGACAGGAAAAACUUUAUUAGCGAAAGCUGUAGCUGGAGAAGCCAACGUUCCUUUUUUUAACAUAAGCGGAAGUGAUUUUAUUGAAGUUUUUGUUGGUAUUGGACCUUCAAGAGUAAGAGAAUUAUUUGCACAAGCUAGGAAACAUGCACCUUCAAUUAUAUUCAUUGAUGAAAUUGAUGCUGUUGGUAGGAAGAGAUCGAAAGGUGGAUUUGCAGGAGGUGGAAAUGAUGAGAGGGAAAAUACAUUAAAUCAAAUGUUGGUAGAAAUGGAUGGAUUUCAUACUUCUAACGAUAAAGUAAUAGUCUUAGCAGGUACAAAUCGGCUUGAUAUUCUAGAUCCAGCUAUUACAAGACCAGGAAGAUUUGAUAGAAUUGUAAAUAUUAGUAAACCUGAUAUUAAAGAAAGAUCAGAAAUAUUUCAAGUGCAUUUAAAAAAUUUAAAAUUACAUCAUUCUUUAGAUAUACAAAAUGUAAGUUAUCUUUUAGCAUCUUUAACUCCUGGUUUUGUUGGGGCAGACAUUGCUAAUGUAGUAAAUGAAGGUGCUAUUCAAUGUGCUAGAAGAUCAAAUAUGGUUGGAAUAGAAGUAAAAGAUUUUGAACUAGCCAUCGAAAGAGUUAUUGGUGGAUUGCCCAAAUGUUCUUCACUUAUAUCUCCCCUAGAGAAAAAAAUUAUAUCAUAUCAUGAAACUGGACAUGCAUUAAUUGGAUGGUUCCUUGAAUUUGCUGAUCCAGUUUUGAAAGUUUCAAUAAUUCCAAGAAAUAAUGGUGCUCUUGGUUAUUCACAACAUCUUACAGAAGAAAUAAUGCUUUUCUCGAGAGAUGCAAUUUUAGACAAACUUGCAGUUAUUUUAGGUGGUCGAGCAGCAGAAGAAUUAUUUAUUGGUAAAAUAACAACUGGUGCUAUCGAUGAUUUAAAUAAAGUUACACAAUUAUCAUAUUCUUAUGUAUCACAAUAUGGAAUGAACAGUGAAGUAGGACUCGUUUCUUUUCAGUCCAACUCAUCGAGCGAAUACAGUUUCUAUAGACCACAUUCUGAAUGUCUAGCACAUCUGAUAGAUAAUGAAGUUCGAUCUCUAAUUGAAAUGCAGUACAAUCGCGUCAAAUCAAUUCUACUCAAAAAUGAAAAGCAUGUUCAUAAUCUUGCAAAUCUUCUUUUCCAAAAAGAAACCAUUUCUUAUCACGACAUAGUUCAAUGUGUUGGAGAACGUCCAUACCCUGUCAAGUCCAAUUAUGAGAAGUAUGUCAAAGCGAACCCCUACAAACUUGUUCAGGAAUCACAGGCAUUGUUAUCCCACGGGAAUAUGACAUCGGGGCAGGAGCAAUCGACGAAACACAAUGCACCAGACCACUCCACAGGCCUCUCCACAGACCCUUCCAAAAGCAGGAAAGAUGCAACAGUAGAAGAAGCACAGAAAAAUUCUGUGAAGAAAAUGAAAAAUUCAUAG